CCAAGUAAUUUCAGAAGCCGUCUUCAAGCCUUAUGAGUAGCUGCUCGUUGCUCCGUCGAGUCCAGGCUUAUGAGCUAAGCAAUUGGCCACCGUUAACGGCGGAACUCCGACGAUCUAGCUGAGAAUCUCACCUGGAUCGAAGGCGGAGCUCCAAGGACAAGCUAUAAAGGAGGAAGAAAAUGGCGGGAGCGUUAAUUGGUGGCGCGGGAUUGGGCGUUCCAUUUAACGAGCUGGCGGCCAUCUUGAAGAAAUUUGGCGAAAGGGCGAUGAACUUCGAUCCUGUUCUUAAGGAGAUCCAAUCCAAGGUAAAUACCAUAAUUCCUCUGGUUUCGGAAAUAGAGGAGCUUAAUGAAGCCCUGGAGUAUCCAAAAGAAGAAUUGGAGAAUUUGAAAAAGACAUUAGAAGUUGCCAAAAAGCUAAUUCCUCGGUGUGUCGGAUUGUGGAAGUAUAAUUAUCUAAGGAAGUCAGAUUACACAAAGAAGCUGCGUGAGUUGAAUUCCGAAAUUGGAAGUUUCAGGGACAUUUUGUUGAUUCAAACGGCUAGAGACGGGAAGAAGACCAUGAAAUUAGCGUCUGAAAUCAAGGACGUCGUUCACAGGAUUGAUAGCAGGUGUGAAAUAAUCAACACGGUGGAUUUAAGUGUGGCAGUUCCUGAGAUUGAAGGAGAAUGUGUUGGAUUGGAGAAGCCAGUUGAGAGAUUAAAGACGAAGCUCUUCAAAGAUGGGGUUCGAUUGUUGGUAGUGACUGCUUACGGAGGUUGUGGAAAAACCACUCUGGCCGUAAGGUUUUGUCACGACAAGCAAGUCAAAAAUAAAUUUCAGGAAAACAUACUUUUCCUCACUGUUUCAAGCAAACCAGAUACGAAACUUAUCUUAAAAUCUAUAAUUCAAAGCCUCGGGAGGUUUGUAGUAUCUGAUUCUGUAAACGACGAUGAGGCGUUCCGGCAUUUAGAACAAUUGAUGGGUCAAUCGAGUCGAAAUCCUGUAUUGUUCGUGUUGGAUGAUGUCUGGGAAGGUCCCGAAUCAAAUAAGCUUCUUGAAAAGUUCUCUCGAAUGCCUAACUGCAAAAUUUUGGUCACCUCUAGAAACAAGUUUCCUGCAUUUGGUGAGCCAUAUGCUUUGGAACCUUUGAGCGAUGAGGAUGCUAGGGAGCUGUUCCGUCGCGCGGCAUCGUUGGAUAACAGAACACCACAGUUCCCGGAUGAACAAAUUGUAGAAGCGAUAGUGAAGGGUUGUAAGAAAUGUCCACUUGCUCUGAAAGUGAUUGCAAGAUCACUUUCGGGUAGAACUGCACCGAUUUGGAAAGCUACCGAGAGGAACAUAUCUAGAGGAGAUUUUAUCCUGGGUUCUGAGGAAACGCUUCUGGAGUGCCUCAAAAGCAGCUUAGAUGCAGUCUCAGAUGACAAGAUGAUACUCAAGGAGUGUUUCAUGGACUUAGGUUCAUUUCCUGAAGACCAGAGAAUUCGUGUUGCUAUGUUUAUUGACAUUUGUGCAGUGUUGUAUGAACAAGAUGAAUGCGAAACAUUGUCGAACCUUGAUGAGCUCUUCACCCGGAAUCUGGUUAACACUGUCUAUUUGAGAAAUGAAGCACAUGAAGACGAUUACUACAGCGAGUCCUACAUUACACAGCACGAUAUACUUAGACAGUUGGCGGUCCAUUUGACUAAUGAGCAGCGCAUAGACCAAAGAACAAGAUUGUUUGUGGAUAUUAGCAGAAAUGAAUUCCCGGAAUGGUGGUCUAAAAAAGAGAUGCAACCCGUGAAAUCCCGCCUUUUAUCCAUAACAACAGAUGAGAUGUUCUCAUCUUGUUGGCCUGACAUGGAAGCGCCUGAAGUUGAGGUAUUAAUUCUUAAUCCUGGGUCUAAAACUUAUGAGUUGCCUGAGUUCGUGAAGCGAAUGAAUAGAUUGAAAGCUCUGAUAGUCAGGAAUUACAGGUCGUUUCCGACUGAAUUGACAAGUGGUUAUCAAGUAAUGAACUGUUUGUCAAGGCUAGAAAGAAUCAGUCUCGAGCGAAUUUCAAUUCCUUCUUUUAGUAACCAUAACCUGAAACCACUGUUACAUCUUAAGAAGCUAUCCUUCUUUAUGUGCAAAGUUGAUAGAGCUUUCACGAACUGCUCGAUCCAGAUUUCGCGUGUAUUGCCCAACUUACGCGAGAUUUCCAUAGAUUUUUGCAACGAUUUUGUGGCUCUCCCUAUUGGAUUAUGUGAGAUUGCGAAUUUGGAGAAACUGAGCAUUACAAACUGUCAUGAAUUAUCAUCGUUGCCUGAGGAACUUGGGAAGUUGAUUAAUCUAAAAACUCUAAGGCUUAGAUCUUGUAUUCAUUUGGAGAAGUUGCCUGAAUCAAUCUCAAUGCUCCAUGAAUUAGUGGAUCUUGACAUAUCUCAUUGUGUUGGCCUUACCAAACUUCCAGAUAAGAUUGGCAACUUGCAGAAGUUGGAAAAGCUUAAUAUGUGGAGCUGUCCUAUCAUACGCAAGCUUCCAGCAUCACUAAGAAAUCUAAAAAACUUGAGGAGUGUAGUUUGUGAAGAGGAGAUAGCAAAGUGGCUUGAUAUUGUCUCGCCUCGGCUUCGAAAUCUCGUUACAGAACACAAGGAAGAAGUCAACUUGGAUUGGCUAUUAGCAUGACUGCUUGUUCGUUUUCUUAUACUCGAAAUCGAACCCAAUUGUUCGUUUUCUUUACGUUUUGUUCGAUUCCUAGUGGGUUGGUUGACUUUGCAGAAAAGAGAGGUGUAGUUUGUUUAAGAACAAUUCUUCAACCAUAUCCUUCAUACUCGAAAUCGAACCGAUAUCCUUCCUUGUCCUGACCAAACCAGUUCUUGAACCAAUCCACUAGGAAUCAAACAAGAAAUGCCUUUGGAAGGAUAUGGUUUUACUUAAGUGGCUUGCUUUGAUCCCAAGGCAGUUCUUCAACUUCUUCGUGCAAAGAAACUUUCCUUUAUUGGUGAUACUCAAUACAGAAUUCAGGGGAAGAAUUAUCAAGCAAAUCAAAUCCGAACUGGUUAUAUGGGUUCAUGUACAGGAAUUAUCUAGAGUAGAGAUCCCAAACUGGCAACAUAUGGAAGAAAGUUCGAAGUUUCUUGAGUUCGGGAUGGUCGGGAAUCAAACCGAACCAUUAACUUUGGGAUGAUAACUGGUGUAUUAUCUAUUGAGUUAUGCUUGGAUUGACUUCAAAAUUUGAAGGUAUGCUUUACUCUUUUUGAAACUCGAUAACAUGUAUGCAUAUCUUUUAGUCGUAAUGAUAUUGCUAAAUCGCCGAUAGCUCAUAGCCAAAAAUUGAAACUCACAAACUUUCACUAUGAUAUUAUGUUAAAUCUCCCCACAAUCUGAGUGUGAAAUUUUAGGUUUUAGCAAAAUGCAGGAAGGAAUUUCAAACUGAAGUUAAAAGGAAUACGCAAGAUUUUGCAUUGUUAUCAUUUGUGCAAUGGAGUUUGAAGAUCAUCUCAAUCAUAGAAAGGUAGAAAAAUGUAUAGCGUUUUGUAUUAAAAUUGAUGCGCGACGUUUCGUAUGACUGUUUAUGAACAACGGAUGUGAAGUA